AUGGCAGCUUUCAACCUCACACCCUCUGACACGUCAACAUUCAUCCUAGCAGGCAUCCCUGGCCUGGAAGAUUCUCACGUCUGGAUUUCCAUCCCUUUUGCUACUUGUUAUAUUUUCUGCCUAUUGGGAAAUUUCUCCAUUCUGUUCGUGGUAGGCAAAGAGCAGACCCUGCACCAGCCUAUGUACCUGCUCUUCUGCCUUCUGGCGCUCACAGAUAUCACCAUCUCUACCACUGAUGUGCCAAAGGCCCUGGGUAUAUUUUGGUUCAAUUUGAAAGUCAUCACAGUGAGUGGCUGCCUCACCCAAAUUACAUUCAUUGGCACGGCUAUUGCAAUGCAAUCAGGUGUCCUAGUAUCAAUGGGUUUCGAUCGCUAUGUUGCCAUAUGUAAUCCUCUGAGAUACACCACCAUCCUCACCCACACACGGGUAGCUACGCUAGGGCUUCUCAGUUUAAUACGAGGGAUUCUCUGUAUGCUGCCCGUGCCCCUACUGCUGAGCCAGCUGCCGUUCUGUGGCAACCGCAUCAUCUCUGAUAUAAGCUGUCAGGCUAUUCCUGUGGCCAAGAUUUUAUGUGGGGACCUCACAUUCUACAGGUUCUAUGCCUUGGUGCUGUCACUUACAAUAAUUGGGUCAGACCUGAUGCUCCUUGCCCUUUCCUACUCUCUGAUCAUCAGGGCCAUUCUAAGAAUCUCCUCUCAGAAAGCCCACCAGAAAGCCCUCAACACCUGCACUGCUCACAUAGGUGUGCUGCUCACGUCUUAUACUCCCUUCUUUUUCACCCUUGUGACAAAUUGGUUUGGUGAGAGCAUCGCUCCUCAUGUUCAAAUCUUCUUGGGCAAUGUCUGUAUCCUUGUCCCCACCAUGCUCAACCCAAUUGUAUAUGGAGUCAAAACCAAAGAGCUUCGUGACAAAAUCAGGAAAAACUUUUGCAGAUUGUGA